CGCUGGUCUCAUGCUGGCUAGUACUGAAUGUGACUCAAAUUAAAUAAAAAAUUAAAAUAAGAAAAAGCAAAUAAAGAAAAAAUCAGCAUGAUAUUGAUUAUGAUGAUGUUUGAAGAACAUGCAUGAUUAAGUAGGGACAUUUAUGUGCAUGAGCAUGACUAUAGUCUCUCUCUCUUGCAUUAUGUAACUUCUGUUUCUAACAUCACUUUUUGGAACCAUUUACUGCUUCUUCUGUAGUGGAGAUUGAACUGAACUUGUUUUUGUGUCGGUUUCACGUCACUACACUGCUUUUUUUGUGGCUUGUUUUGGAUUGGAAUUUCUGAGUACAACUACAAUACACAUGUGCAAGUACUUGACUCUUUACUCAAAUGGGUUGGUUUCAUAAGUCAUUUUCAUGCAGUCUUUAUGCUCAAGUUUGGAAAUUUAUGACAUUCCAUUGAAGUUACUUGUUGGUGUUCUCUUUAUCUCCACCUUGCUUCUUCAAGAUCUAAUCCAGCCUUAAUUUGGAUUCAUCAAUGGGGAAAGAGUUGGGGUUGAAUCUCACUGGCAAACCUUCAGAAGGCCUAAGUCCCAAUACUGUUCUUCCACCUCAGCAAUAUUGCGUGAAUGUUAAGAAGAGAUCUAAAAAAGGAAAAUCCACAGGGAAAGGUGAAGUUUUUACCAUGAAGGAGGACUUUGCAGAGAUUAAAUUCGCUCGAUUUCGCAGUUCUUCAUGUAAGAGCCGUCUCUCUAGAUCUCAUGCAUUAGAAGGUAAUAAUAAUAUAGAAACAAGGAGGGUUUCCAUGUAUCAGAGUUCAGAGGAAGUUAAAAAUACAGAGAAAAUGGGGGGAAGGAAAAAAAUAGAAUUUUCAAGGAGUAGUAGUAACAUCUCUUUCUCAUGUAGCAUAGUUGAUUCUUUAUGUGGUUCAGAUGAUGAAGAUACCAAGCAGAGACCUUCAGAUACAUCUCAGUAUUCAAAUUACGGGUCCAGGUCUUCGGCUUGCCAUGAGCCGGACAAUUCAAACGGGUUUAUUGAAAUUUGCAUGGAUUUAGAUGUCAAAAAUAAAAAAUCUACUACAUUAGAAGGGAGAAGUUCCAUAAAUUUGAGGUCCAGAAGUGAUAAAGUUUCUGAUUCUAAAAUGAAUGGCAAUUUUGUUCCUGAAAAGGACAAAGUUCACUCAUUGCAGAAGUCACUCUCUGCUAAGGUGGAAACCUCUCACAUGCUAUCCCCUUCUUUGAAAAGUGAUUGCUCAUCAAAAGUGCGAUCCACACCGGUCAGGAAAAGGAUGAAUCAUUUCAUAAAGUCGAAAUCUUUGAGAAGUCCACUGAGUCAUAUUUCAGAAACUAAUGAUGAGGUAAAAUCAAAUGAGACAGCAAACAUUAUAUGCAACAGGACUUAUCAGAAGUAUUUUCUGAACGACUUAUCUAACACAGGAAAACAUUCUGACAUUAUUUCUGAGUUUAUCAACAGAGAAAUCAAGUAUUCAGGUAUAGCAUCGUCGCCGGUUCACCUGCACGGUAAUCUCAAGUUCGAAAACAAAAAUGGAAUGCCUUUUUUUGAGUUCAAGGUGAAGUGUCCUGAAGAUGUGUUUGUGGCCAAGACAUGGAGAGUAGGUAACGGUUUCAAUUGGGUAUAUACAUUUCAUUCCAUUGAUAAUAAAAAGAAGAGCAAUGCUACUGGGUUGGAACCUCAUGAUUUUGACAAAGAUUCCUCAAUAGUAGCAAAGAUGCUAGUUUCCAGUAAUUUAUGUUCCGAAAUAAAAGACAAUGUAUUUGACAACUCUAUGAUGACAGAAUUUGUUUUGUAUGAUCUUUCACACUCAAGACAUAGCAUUUCGUCCGAAAAAAAGUCAGUUUGUGAACAAGGUGCUUUUAAAACUCGAAAAGCUUCCCGUGUUGGAUCCAUGGAAGAAACUUUUGAGAUGGUUGAAGAGAGCCUUGCAAUCAAAAACAAACUUCAAGAGUCUGGUGAUUCAAAGUUUUUUCCUUUGUUGCCUACUGAGUCUUAUUCGAACCUUGAAGUUGCUGCCAUUAUCUUGGAAAUUCCAUUUUCUAAGAGAGAAAGCUUAAAGUACAAGAGAGGAGAUAGAUUAUGUGAUAAAGAAUAUUCCAACAAAAGCAAUCUUUGUGCAGUAGUAGAUCAGAGUAGAAAGAGUCUUCAUGACAGAAAAGUUCAGGAACAGCUGAAGGUGGUAAUACCGACUGGCUACCAUGGUUUGCCAAACGCUGAAUGCAAGGGUCCCUCAUCGUUACUUGAUCGAUUGAGACACGGCGGAGGUUGUGACUGUGGUGGUUGGGACAUGGCCUGUCCCCUUGUACUUUUAGGCAAUCCUAGUAUUCAAUUUGCUGAAGACCACUCCCUUAUAGAGGAUUAUCAACCACUGGAACUUUUUGUUCAGGGAGCAAAAGAAAGUAGUCCUACUUUCAGCAUGAAAAUGGUCGAAGCGGGGCAUUAUGCUGUUGAUUUUCAUGCAAAACUAUCCACAUUACAAGCAUUCUCCAUCUGUGUUGCCAUUUUGCAUGGAACUUCUGUCUCCAGCGGUCCGGAGCACGAGAAAAACCAGCAGUUAUCUCAUUGCAGUUCGUUGAAAAUGCUUCUUGAGGAGGAUGUAGAGUCUUUUUUCAAAACAAUCACAACCGAGAAGAAGGCUGUGUGCAAGACUCCAAAAGGAAUUCCUAGGUCUUAUGUACCAAACCCACCUUUUUCUCCUAUUGCGCGAGUAUAAAGGUGUUGACUAGGACAUAGAGAUGUGAUUACAUAGAGAAGAGAUCACAGUGAGUGGAAUUCUGCAUCAAUAUGAAGAUUUGUUGCUUGACACAGUUCCAUGCUUGCUGAAGCUGUAAAACAAGACUCUCAGAAUGGCUAGAAAAAUAUGCAGGGGCUGCUCAUAAAGGGGAUAGGGAUAGAAUGUCAGUCAUUAUUAGUUAGAGGUGUCAAAAUCAUUUUUUUGUAACAAGAUCUUGAAAGUAUAUGGGACAGAAACCCAAAAUUGUUCAUAUUGUAAUAGGAUAAAAUCAAGAAUGGGGAGAUGAAGAGAGAGAGGUAGCAUAGCAGGCCUUUCUAUCUUCCUGUUUGUAUCUAUUCAAAUAAAAUUAUAUUCUGAAAUGAUAAUGAUGGGAAGUGGAUUGGAAUAUACCAUUUUUUCUUUUA